AUGGUGAAAGUUGCAGUAUUGAUGUCCAGUCUCGUCGCCGCAAACAAGCCAAUUUUCAAAGCAGUGAUGGAGAAUGACGCUGCGAAAGUAAGAGAACUCAUCGCUGCUGGACAAGACAUCAACGAGCAAAUGCUGGGUAGUCUUCAAUCGCCCCUGAUGGCAUCCUGCUUGGGCGGUCAUUUGGAAGUCGCCAAGGCCCUGCUUGAAUUGGGAGCGGAUGUUACUGUACCCGAAAUGGAUGGUUAUACGCCUAUGCAUGGAGCGGCUUUCCAGGGCAGAGCAGAACUAGUAAAGGCAUUAUUGGAUCAUGGAGUUCCAAUCAGCGGAACUGAACACAAAGACGGUUACGCUCCUUUUCAUAGGGCCUGCUGGGGAGGUGAAGAACGCCACUCUCAAACUGUACAAGGAUCGGUACACGGAUAA